AGGGCUCAUCGACUGACAGGAAAGUUCCUCUUCUAUUUUCCUCUUCCCCCAUUUUCUUUCUCACACAUACACAAACAUUGUCUCUCUUUCCUUUCUUUCUUUCUCUCUCUCUCUCCUUCUACCUCACACACUCUCUCCACAUACCUCUAUCUCUCUCUCCCUGUUCCUCUCUCACUCAGUCUCUCUCUCUCUGUAUCACUCGUUCUCUCUCUCUCUCUCCCCAAGCCUGAAAAAUGUAGAUUUUGACACCGGCACCUGCCCUUACCUACAGCGCAGUGAAAGGGCGAGACGGAGGCAACAGCAGAGCAGCACCUUGGUCCAGCCUCACCUUCCCGUGGGAUUUUCCACCUUCCUUCCUAACACAGAGCCCAGCUUUGAUUGUUGUUCUCUGGGAACGUUCACUCAACUCUGUGGAGAUAAAAGCAGAGAAUCAAGCUCAACUCACCUGGUUGUGCAUGAAUGGAUGCAAGGAGAAGUCAAGUUUCCCAUCUGCUUUUCCCAUUUUUCUAAAAGAAAUGGGAGGAAGGGUCUGAGAGAACCUGGGAAUUCCAGGGUCUUUAACUGCGGGAGAGACAGACAGGUUUGGUUUGUGAACGAGGGAAUGUGUCAGAGCAAGAGAGAAAGAGAGAGAGAAAGAGACUUAAUAUAUAAAGAACAUGCGAGAGCUUAAGUAGUUGUAUGUAAAUGAAGAGUAGAUAUAGGCUAGGUAGUCUGGCUGGCUGGCUGGCUGGGUUUGACAUUGAACGUGAACAAUACAAUAAGGAAAAUAGUCUAUCAGUUGCAACAGGAGUCAGAUUGAUAACUUACAGUGUGUUUUCACUUUCAGACUGUUUCUUAGUGUUUGACAGAGUCUAGUUGUCACUGUGUGUGCUCAGGUUUUCCUAGUCCCAUCCAUUGUGGUGAGCCCUGCGGUGUCAGAGGAAAGUUCUGUUGUAUUCAGAGCACAUGGUCGGCCAGUUACACAUGAUUGGCAGGGCUAAAGGAGAGUUGUUUCAGUAAGUGGGAGUGAGGUGUAUACAGAAGCAUGCUUUGAACCUAAAUUGGACUUUGAUUAACUCAAACUGGACUGGUUACAGUGGACUUUCCGUGAGGAGGACAUGUUCUAUCGCUGCCAUCUUUGACCUUUGAAACCAGGAAGUAAAUAAAAUACAGCCAGGGAAGGAGGACUUCUCAACCUCCACACCCCAAACCUUAAUCCAACCCAAAAAAGUCUUGACCCUUUGUUAGCACAUUCCGCUGGUUUCCAUAUUAACCCGGUCACCACUGUGACCACUCAGCAUCAUCACGGUGGUAGCCAAUAGCCAUGCAGAACCUGGGCGGUAAACUGUCCUCCGCCCAGGUCCAGGUCUCUAGCUGGGUGGGCAGCGUGCGUCGUUCCCUACAUGGGGCACUGAACUUAGUCUGGAAAAAUGAUGAUGAAGAGGAUGAGGUGGUGAAAGAAGAUCAGGAGGAGGAGGAGGUAGAGGAGGAAGAGGGAGAAGGUGGGGGCGGGAGGUUCCAGAGGGCCGUGUCUCCACUGCGUAGCUUUGCCUCCCAGAGCCGGCGAUCUCUGAGGUUGUUCUCGGUCCGGAGUCGCCAGCGGAUGAAGCUAAGUAGACGGGCAGCAGACACCAGCGCUGUUCAGUUGACGUGUUAUGUGGGGGCAGAAGAGGGACGUGACACAGAGGCUCUGAUUGGUGGAGAGCCAGACAAGCAGUACGGGGGCUGUGACACGAGACUGUCUGAGGAUGACUGUCGGCAGACAACAGAGGACCAGAUCUCGUCUGUUAUCACACCAGAUGAGCCUGACAGUACUUCUCCACUAGAAGAAACAGAGGACCAGAUCUCGUCUGUUAUCCCACCAGAUGAGCCUGACAGUACUUCUCCACUAGAAGAAACAGAGGACCAGAUCUCGUCUGUUAUCCCACCAGAUGAGCCUGACAGUACUUCUCCACUAGAAGAAACAGAGGACCAGAUCUCGUCUGUCAUCACACCAGAUGAGCCUGACAGUACUUCUCCACUAGAAGAAACAGAGGACCAGAUCUCGUCUGUUAUCCCACCAGAUGAGCCUGACAGUACUUCUCCACUAGAAGAAACAGAGGACCAGAUCUCGCCUGUUAUCCCACCAGAUGAGCCUGACAGUACUUCUCCACUAGAAGAAACAGAGGACCCAUUACCCUUUCCUGAUAUCUCCGCCCCUCUAUUGGACACCAGUGUUCUGCGUGCGAGGGCAGAGCUGAGGAAGAGUCGACGAACCCGCCCCACUCGAGCUUUCCGUCAGAGCUCUACCACAAUAAUGCUUGAGGAAGACCCAGUCCACGACUGGAGGUUCUAUGACUCCUCAAAUACACACAAGUGGCUAGAAGAUAAGCUAGACUCUCUGAUACGGGGGGUUUGUGAGUCUGAUGAGGAGCAGCCCAGAGGGAGGGAGGUUUGUUCACAACCUUCCCAGCCCCAGAGAAUAGCCCUCUUCUCUGGAAUGGACCCGUCUGCCCUCAAGGCCCAACUGAAGAAGCGAGGAGGUGGUGGUGGAGGAGGAGGUGGUGGUGGAGGAGGAGGUGGUAGAGCCGGUGGAGGUGAAGGAGUAGACACAGACCGUCCGACGGACAGACUUGCCCCGUCCCCCUCUCAGCUCCCCCGCUCUCCAAGACGUUCCUCCUUCCUCCCCAGGGGGUCACGAGUGCUGCCCCCUGUAGGGAACAAAGGUGCAGGGGGAGACAAGUCUCCUUCAUGGCUACAAGAACUCAAGUCUAAGAAGCGCUCGAGUCAAUACAACAGUGAGGCCUAGCUGAGCAGAGCAGGGAGAUACCAUUGACAAGGAGAUCAUUCAACUGCUACUGCAGUUGUUGCUGACAAACACAGCUGUGGGCUGGACUCCAAUCAUGUACCUUUUCAAAAACACACUUUUUUUAUAGAUGAACUAUGCAAGACAAUGGAGAAGCAUUGGAUACUUCCCUGCGUUGUGACCAUCUUUUUCCACUUUCCUAUUUGACAAAGGAACUAUGAGCAUGUAGAUACUUUAUUUGUAACACACACACACAGACACAUACACAGAUGAUUCGAGGAGUGGACUCAAAAUGCCCUUUUCUGUUAAUUUGCAACAUUUGCCUCUUAUCCCAGGCCACUGUAUUUUCUAGACUGUAUCUCUCCAUUCAUCCAUACUUGCAUUCCAGAUUCGCUUGACGUAAUUACCAUGUGUGUUUAGGUCAUGCACACAAAUAUCCACAAUACCAUGAUGUUCACAAACCUACUUGAAUUGUACAUGUUUGCCACCUAGCCAUGAACUCUCUUUCUUUCUCGAUUAAUCUCUUGUUUUGAACUAACCCAUCUGUUUCUCUGCUCUUAUGUUAUGCACUCACUCGCUGCUCGGAUGAGGUGCUCUUGAUAAAAGCAUCUGCUAGAUAAAUUGAAAUGAUCUCUAAAAGGAGUAUCUCUGUCUGGAGGUUUUUGAAUAACUUCCUUAAAACCUUUACUGAAUGUCUCAAUAUUUAAAAAAAUAUAUAUUUUCCAAUAGUUUCGUUCUUAAUAGAACCAUAAUUGUUUUGGUUCCGUUCCACUGUUCUGACCAGCAAAAUAAAGUUCUGAACCGGUUCAAACCCCCAAAAAGUACCAGUUAAUAUAAUUAUUUUCUGUUAUUUUUUAAACCUACUGUAUGAAAUUGUCUUCUUUUUUUAAAAUCUUUUUUUUUACAUUUAGCUCGACAUUAAAUUACUUCACCAAUCUGUGCAUACAGAGCAGCUUGCUAUGGAGCUGGCAACCUAUAGUUGUUUACAUGUGUGAUGGAAAGAGUGUAGGGCAGAGAGAUGCGACUGAAAUUUGGCGGGUGGGGAGAUAACAAGAGGGUGGAGGCGGCUUGUCUUGAAGCGCUGGGCAUCUUGUUAUGACAUACAUUAUCUGAAUUAAGCCCACAGAAUUAUACCUACGGAGUAGCGGCUUCUAUGGAGGAACUUUGAAUCUCUUUGAACUUCAGGUAGUUGUCUUAAAUAUGGCCUCUGCAGAAGUCAGGGCAUUCAUACCUCUUGCGCUUCGCAGAACAGUGCAGAGCUGUUGUGAAGGAAGCAGUGAGUUUGUGUUUAUACAGGACCUCACGCCCCCACCUACCGUCAACCAAUCAUGUUAAUGCGGAGCUAUACGGAGCCCUCCACAUUGUUACAAAAUUUGGGAGGUGCACAGUGAUGCGGUACAGAGCUUGAUUUGGCCUCUGUAUGUCUCUGGAAGCUCUGCAUUGCCCACACCCUCCAUACGGAGACUCCGACCACAUUUUUGGAUCAAGCAUAAAUUGUCUUUUAGUAGGCUACAUGCUUCAGAGGGAGGUAGCCUACACACGCUGGCAAGCAGACACUGGAAGAAAUCUCUGAGUGACAGAGGGAGGGCUUUGUAUAGGCACUUUACUGCAUUUUUUUGUGGGACUGGUAAAAAAAAAUGCCCAGAAUGUAAAAUAACAUUACUAACAAUAUUCCUAUGCUUUUAAAAUAACAGUUCAGCUUACUUUUAUUUACUCCAAGCAAAGAUGGGACUCAUGAAAAUGUAUUUUAUUAGUCAUUAAUCAAGCAAAAACUUUAAAAAAAAUUAUUGUGACAAGCCAUCAAUGAGAUUCAAACCUAUAAUCUUCUGUUAGUCCACUGCGCCACCAGGAUGGAGCUAGCAUGACAUGUUUUUUACGCAUACAAAGUUGUUCAUUUUAGUCUAUUCAAACAGACCCCAUUUCAAAGGAAACAAGCACUCAUUAAGAUCAGGUGUGGCCAAUUAGUGGGCGUGGCCAACAUACCUGAACACACUUAACAAGAUAGAGGAUAAAGAGAGUUUUGCUAAAGCUGAGAACAGAAUGUAUGUUUUUAAAUAACAUUCUUAAAACAAUUCUAUGAAAGUUUUCUUAACAUUCUAGGAACAAUUUGAGAACAUGGCUUUAAAUAGAACCUGUAGGAAAUGUUAUGCUGAAGUACUGAAAUUCCCACAGAAGAACAUUGUUUCUUAAUGUUUUCUUAAAUAUUUGACAACAUUCCCAAAUGUCAAACCAGUUGGAGAACAUUCCUAAAAAAAAAAAAGUAAAUAAAAUGUAACAACGUUUGACAUUUUAGGAUACAUUCUGUUAAAGUAAUAAAAUAGCAAGACAUUU